AUGCGCGGCGAAUGGAAUAGACUACAAACAUUAUUUCUUAAAGAUUGCCCAUUUGCUUAUUAUGUCCAUUGUUUUGCUCAUCAAUUACAAUUAGCAUUAGUUGCAGCAGCAAAAGAUGAGACGAAUAUUUGGCAAUUUUUCUCUCACCUAACUUGUAUUGUCAAUCUUGUUGCUUCCUCUCCUAAGCGUCUUGCUGAAUUAAAAUCUUUUCAAAGGGAUGAUAUUGCAUAUAUGUUGAGCAUAGGUGAACGUGAAUCUGAGUUGUUAAAAGUCUUAGAAAUAGUGGACAAAGUCAACAAAUAUGUGGGCAAGCUUCAGGCCUUGCAAUGCAAAUCUCAAGAUAUUCUAAAUGCUUUGAAAUUAGUCUCAUCAACUAAAAAUCUCCUUCAAAUAUUCAGAGAAGAUUAUUGGGAUAUUUUUCUUGCCAAUGUGGUGUCAUUUUGCAAUCGAUAUAACAUUGAUAUACCUGAUUUGAGUUCUCGUUAUGUAGAGGGUAUGGGUCGUCAUUGUCAGCAACAAGAUCAUAUUACAGUUGAGCACCAUUAUCACUUUGACAUUUUCAACUCUGCAAUAGAUUUACAGUUGAUGGAGUUAGAACAUAGAUUCAACAAUGAAGUAGUGGAACUUCUUACUCUUAGCUCAUCUUUGGAUCCUAGUGAUUCUUUUAAAUAUUUUAACGUGGAAAAGAUAUGCAAUCUUCUAUCCUUGGGACUUCACUGGCCAAGAUUUGUAAGCAAGAAGUUUGAUUACUACCCUUUGGUUGAUAGAUUGAUUCGUCUUGUAUUGAUUCUUCCUGUUUCUACAGCAACUACGGAAAGAGUAUUUUCAAGCAUUAAACGUGUUGAAACUGCGAUGCGUAGCAGGAUUGUAGAUGAAUUUCUUGUUAACUGCAUGACCAUCAAUCUUGAACGGGAGCUUGUUUGGAAAAUUGACUUGGAGCCUGUUAUUGACGAAUUCAAGUGUUUAAAGACUCGUUGA